GCCCACUGGCCGCCGCCUCGUUCUGUUCCGCAUCUCCGGUGCUCCGUGGUGCGGUCCGACGGCCGAUCGCGAGGCCGAUGCAGUGCCCGCGAAGUGUGAGUUGUGGCGAUGCCGUCUUUCGACGCGGCGGGGACGAGCGCGCCGCCUGUCGGCGGUCCCCUAA